CGUUGGUUAUGGAAAAAAGUGAAACCCCACCCUCCUUCUUCUGGUUUACCUCCUUGCCCUCGGCUUGGACAUAGCUUCUCUUUAUAUGGUAACAAAUGCUAUUUGUUUGGUGGUCUGGCAAAUGAAAGUGAAGAUUCAAACAAUAAUGUUCCCAGAUAUUUGAAUGAUUUCUAUGAGUUGGAGCUACAGCAUGGUUCUGGUGUUGUGGGUUGGAGCAUUCCAGUGACUAAAGGAAUUGUGCCUUCUCCAAGAGAAUCCCACACAGCUGUCAUAUAUUGCAAAAAAGAUUCUGGAAGUCCUAAAAUGUAUGUCUUUGGUGGAAUGUGUGGUGCUCGCCUGGAUGAUCUAUGGCAACUUGACUUAGAAACUAUGUCUUGGUCAAAACCAGAAACUAAAGGGACAGUGCCACUCCCACGAAGCCUUCACACAGCCAGUGUUAUAGGAAACAAGAUGUACAUUUUUGGUGGAUGGGUUCCACAUAAGGGGGAGAAUAUUGAGACUUCACCUCAUGAUUGUGAAUGGAGAUGUACUAGUUCAUUUUCUUACCUAAAUCUCGAUACAGCAGAGUGGACCACCCUAGUAUCAGAUUCUCAGGAAGAUAAAAAAAAUUCAAGACCAAGACCAAGAGCUGGACACUGUGCUGUUGCGAUUGGCACUCGAUUGUAUUUUUGGAGUGGAAGAGACGGCUACAAAAAAGCACUGAAUAGUCAAGUUUGCUGCAAGGAUCUUUGGUAUCUUGAUACUGAGAAACCGCCAGCACCAUCACAAGUACAACUGAUCAAAGCCACUACCAACUCUUUCCAUGUCAAAUGGGAUGAAGUGCCUACAGUUGAGGGCUAUCUUUUGCAGCUGAAUACAGACUUGCCGUACCAAGCUGCAUCAUCAGAUUCUUCAGCAGCACCAAAUAUGCAAGGAGUCAGAAUGGACCCUCACAGACAAGGCAGUAAUAGCACCAUUCCUAACAGUAUCAGUGAUACAAUGAACAGUACAAAAACCGAACAUAUAGCUAUGAAAGGAACUUCUAUGAAAAACAGACCAGAUCUCAAAGCAUCAACUGAUUCUAAUGCCACUUUACAUUCAUCUUUGGCAACUAAUGCUUCUAAUCAUAAUAGUUGUGUCGUGGAUGUGCUAAGGAAAAAUGAAGGUCCUCAUACUUCAGCAAAUAUAGGUGUUCUAAGUAGUUGCCUGGACUUAAGAACAGUAAUCCCUGAAACUUCUGUAUCCAGUUCUGUUUCCAGCGCACAAACUAUGGUAACCCAGCAGACCAUUAAAACUGAAUCAUCCAGUACAAAUGGGGCAGUUGUAAAAGAUGAAACUUCACUAACAACAUUCAGUACCAAAUCUGAAGUUGACGAAGCAUGUGCACUGCCUGCGACUAAGAUCAGCCGUGUAGAAACACAUGCUACAGCGAUGCCGUUUUCUAAAGAGACUCCUUCAAAUCCAGUGGCCACAAUGAAAGCAGGGGAACGACAGUGGUGUGAUGUAGGAAUUUUUAAAAAUAAUACAGCUUUGGUGAGCCAGUUUUAUUUGCUGCCAAAAGGAAAGCAAAGCAUCUCAAAGAUAGGAAAUGCAGACGCACCUGACUACAGUUUACUUAAGAAACAAGAUCUUGUUCCAGGCACGGGAUAUAGAUUCAGGGUUGCUGCCAUCAAUGGUUGUGGAAUAGGCCCUUUCAGCAAAAUCAGUGAAUUUAAAACUUGUAUUCCCGGUUUUCCUGGAGCUCCUUCUGCAGUCAGAAUUUCCAAGGUCCUGCCCCUCUUUAGAGAAGAAAAGAUCUGCUUUCAGAAUGUUGAGGGUAUCCAUCUCUCCUGGGAACCUCCAACUUCCCCUUCUGGAAAUAUUUUGGAAUACUCAGCCUACUUGGCUAUCCGCACAGCACAAAUACAAGAUAAUCCAAGUCAGCUUGUGUUUAUGAGGAUUUAUUGUGGUCUUAAGACAUCAUGUAUAGUAACUGCCGGGCAACUUGCAAAUGCACAUAUCGAUUAUACAUCCAGGCCUGCCAUUGUGUUCAGGAUAUCAGCAAAGAAUGAAAAGGGAUAUGGACCAGCUACGCAAGUUCGAUGGCUUCAAGUUAGCACAGAGCUUAAGAAAUUACAAAAGAAAGAAAGAGUACUUUGGGCAAGAUUACGACUUGUGGGUGCUCUGUUAAUUCUUUGUUCUCGAAGACUACUGCUCCUCAGGCCCGGCAGAUCCUCCCCGCCUCCCACCGAAGAUUAAAACCUUAGUCCAAUCCGAAAGGCUUCCUUCCCACCUUCGGGGCACGUCCAGGGACAGCAAGCCGCCAGAUGGCUGCAUUCUCUACGUGUAAGCCAGACUGCGGGGAAACCAAAUCCACUCCUUCCUCCCGGGGACCUCGCUUCCUCCCCACGAAGGUGCGCGGGCUGGCC